UUUGCGAAGGUAGCAGAAAACCCAGAUAUGGCGAAGAGAGAAGACGUACUGGGAUUCCAUCCCCAGAAGGAGUCCCCAUAUUCGAAGUUACUGCCGUACAGUGAUGUGAUUGAUGAAGAAUCGAGCAAUGCUUUGGCAGAGAUCAAGGAAAAACUCGCGAAAGCGGUUCAGCUUAGAGAUCUCAAAGUCUCUGCCAACCACUGGACCUUACAACUUGACAGAUAUAUUCGAGUCUAUGAGUACAAAAUGUCAAAAGAAGAUCAUCUGUACUUUGUGCAUCUGGUUUUUGAGCUGAUAAUUACCCCUAGAAUGGAAGCUGCAUUGGUCCAGAGAUUUGCAGCAACACUUUCCAUUCUGUUAAAAAAAGCCGAGUUAUUGUCAAGAGAUGAUCUUGUGCUGCCAUGGCGACCUUUGUAUCAGUUGAUGGAGGACACCAUCUACAGUCCCAUGAACCAGCAUGGGCUGCAAUUACUUCCUUUAAACUUUGAAAGUACCUUGAAAAACCUUGUUCGCACAUGUAGAAAAUAUUUUUCUGAUGAAUCAACUCAAGAGAUGCUGGAAGAAUGGCGUCCACUGUUAUGUCCCUUUGAUGUAACAGUCAUUCGAGGAUUGACAUACUAUGAGUUCUUUCUGCCAUCCCUACUUCCACCUGAAAAACAUCACCUAGGGUUCAAACUGUGGUUUCAAGAAGUCCUUGACAUAUGGAACUCUUUCCUCAACUGUCCAUCAUGGGAAAGUAGUAUAGUCAACUUGUUGGCCCGACUAGCUCAUGACAAUGUUGGUUACAUUGACUGGAAGCCUUACAUCCCUAUGAUCUUCACACGCAUUUUGCGCAGCUUCAACCUGCCUGUUGGCAAUCAGAAUGUCAGCUAUACCCGAGGCAAUUCUUGUUAUGAUAUCUAUGCUGUCAGUUUGUGGCUCGUUUCUAUGAUGGGCGAUGGUGAUUUGGUCAUGCAGCAUCUAGAAAAGCUAUUCCGUGCCCUCAAUUCUUUUUUUCAUCCAUCAAAUGUUGGGCGCUGGUCGCAUCAGCUGUCUUCUUUUCUACAAAUGUUGCCAGCAAUGGUUGUAAGAAGACUGCAUAGAGAACGCUUCAAGAAGCCAUCUUGGCUUACACCUGUGCCAGAGUCACAUCAUCUUUCAAAUGCGCUCAUCACACAGUUUGUGGAAAUGCUGAAGCCAGCUGUCUUCACAGCCAUGUUUGGAAAGGGAAGCUGCCAGGAUUCUGCUGUCAGGCAUCUUGCCAUGAUGAGACCAGAGAUCAUCACACCUCCACUUUUGGAAAAAAUGUAUCCAGCCAUGGAGACUCUGAUUGAACCACACCGACUAAUAUCAUGCAUGCGUUGCAUCGUGGCUGCUGCUCGACCCAUGUUAAGCUCUCAGAAGUACUUUCCGGAAGGUCCUACCCAUGCCAUCCCCUUGCUGCAGCUUGCCCUGCCUGGCAUUGACCCCAAUGACCUGGGAAAGACAAUGGUGACACUGCAGAUGAUCUCCACAUUUGCUACCUUGAUUCCAAUUGUGGACUGCUCUGAAGCUCCUCAACUGCGCAGUGACCUAAAUCAGCAUGAACAAGAUGUGUGCUCAGCCACAGCUCAGUUUGAAGACUUUGUCUUGGAAUUUUUAAACAGGGUCAUGUCCAUGAUAGAGGCCAGUGCCCAGGUGGCAUCAUAUGGGGCAGUAGACUUCCUGACACCAGAACAGAGCAUGAUAGAACUUGGUCUGACUCAUACUGUUUCUGCAGUUCUACAGCAGUGUUCUAAACCAAUCUUUAUGAGUGCUCUGCACAAAAUCAGCCGUUUUGUCAACGAGAACAUUCAUGAAACCCAUGUUAGUGGCAGACUUGCAGCUAACCUCUGUAGAGCAGCGGCAAAAGUUCGCCCAGAAGAAACACUGAAGCUUCUUUUACCCCAACUAUGCCUGAAGAUUCAAGCAUUCGUGAUAGAGCAUCCUGAUGUUGCGAGGGAAGAGCAUCAUGAUCAUGGUUUUCUGUGGAGUAUCCUGAUGCUGACACAGCUGGUGCAUUGUGAUGGAAAGCAUCUGCUUCCUUAUAAAGAGGAGCUGCUUGCCACACUGCCACCUCUUCUUCAACUUCAGUGUGUCCGAGGCUAUGAGACAGCUUGUGAGGUCAUGCGCUUCCUCUUGCGUGCCCUCACACUGACCUUUCCCCUCAGUUCAGGCAGCGUCAUCCAUGAUCUUGACCAACCCCUCACAGAUUACCUGCCAAUCAGGGACUGGGCAGCACCCGGUGAUAUUGACAACUUGAACAUGAAAUGGCAUGUGCCUAAUGAUGAGGAGCUUAGUUUUGCCAACACAGUUGCUGAAAAAUUCCUGGUUCCAGAGCUAAAUUUCCUGAAGCAGAUAUCUUCUUCUAACGAGAUUACUAAGGAAGAUCUGCUGAGGCGCUUGCAUAUAAUACUAGAGUUUCUUCUGGGUGCUGCAUCCGUACUUCCCCCAUGGGAGGGUGAAAUUGUCACCUUACAAGCUAGCUCUGUCCCUCUUACUCGACUUCAUUUUCAAGUAUCCCAAGUAAACAGAGAACUCACACUGCAGCAAGGCAAUGUUCGUGAAGCUGUGGCUGAUGUGAUGCAGCAUGUCUUAAACUACAUGAUUGAGUCACGGGCAGAUGAUACUAAGGGUUUCUUCAAAAUCAUCAGGAUCUAUGAGACACUGCUGAUGGUCUAUGGCAUUCAGAAGAGUGAUUUUGACACACGAUGGAAGAGUUUCCAUUUUGUCAAAAAAUCAAUGCAGAAUCUGCUCAGUCACAAGAGAAAGCACAUCAGAUCCUUGCUUGUGGAAAGGGUUUCGUUGCUGCAUGAGCUGAGGUCACUGAACUCCAGUCCCCGUAAUGUCACAACUCGGCAUAUUGACAUGAUACAAGAUCUCUUCCGGCUGUCUGUCAGCAGGUAUCGUGAGGUACGCAAACGAAGUCAGUCUUGUCUUCAACAGUGUUUUGCCUACUUCUCCUACUCCUAUCUCACCAUCUUGCCACACCUUGUCACAAACCUGACAGAUUCAAAUGUAGAAGAACAUGUCUUUAAGGGAACACUUCACAUGGUGCUGGGAGCAGGCAAGAAGCCUCUUGCCACAAAGCUGAAUUGGAAGGUUCUAGGACAGUUAUGGCCAGCCAUUGGCAAAGCACAACAGUUUGAGAAGCCAUCCAUCAUCCGCAUCAUUGAUGACAUUAUUACGAAUAUUGCCAAGACACAGGAGACUGUUGCUAUUAACAUGCUUGUGUCCCAAGCUAGCCUGCAGUGUGCCGAGAAACUGACAGCUUCGGUCUCUGCUCCUAAAGCCAAGGGUCAGCCACUCUCUGAUCAAGACUUGCUACAAGGGGAGAAUAAGGAAGCUGAAAGAAAUGCAGAAAGUUUAAGGUUGUACAACAAGCUCAUUGAUGACUUGGUGGCUCUGGUAGAAGGAGGAGAGUUGACGCCCAUUUUUACCCAGAACUGUAUGGACUUGUUGUCUGUGUUGCUGCGAGAUGAUACACCUGUUCCACCUAAGUUGGUUUAUCUGUUCACCAAGCACUGUGUAGAUGACCUGCUGUGUACACGCAAGCUGGCCCUGUCAGGUCUGUUGGCCAUAUUGAAGCAGCAGAAGCGAAGAAAGGUCAAAGUGCUGGUGGACAUAGCUGAGGUCUCAGGCGCUGUACCAUGUCUGCCCAGUGAUCCUCUGAUGCCUGGAGAUCGACCAGACAACCGGUGGCACAAAUAUAACUCAGCCUGUCUGCCUCUGAACAAAGCAGACUGGGAUGCUUGCACAUUUGUCCCAAAGACCCAUCUGGGCUACUACUGUUGGCCAAAAGAUCUGAAGAAAUAUGCAGAUGAGAGUAAACAGCCCAAGUUGGUCCAAAGUGCAGAAGAGAUGAAGGAGAAUGAACGUGCUAUUCUUGAGAGCUUCAGCAAACCUGAAUACGUUCAGCAACUGAUUCACUACCUGGCUUUAGAGGAGCACAAGGGGCAAGACAAGUUCCGCUCUAAGCACCUCACCCUCUUUAAGGGGCUUUUCCGUAAUUAUGGAGAUAGCUUCUUAGAAGUGUUUAAACCUCACUUGGAACGUCUUGUGUGGGACACAAGCCACAACCAUCAUGACAGCAGUCAGCGGUGUGCCAUGGAGAUAAUAGCUGGCCUGGUGCGGGGUACCAAACACUGGCCAUAUGAAAAAAUAGAGAAAAUGUGGGCAUGGCUUAUUCCCUUGUUAUCAUUUGCUCUCAACAACAUUACCAUCGAAACUUUGGAUGACUGGGGAACCUUCUUCACAUCUAUAUCAGAAAGCAGAGACCCACGUCAGUUGCAUUGGCUGUUUGAGCUUCUGAUGUCAAACCUUCUGAGUGGAGGUGGAGCUUUCCGGGAUUCCAGCCGUCUGUUCAUGUUACAACAAGCACUCAUUCAGCAGGAAUGGCGAGUGCCAGAACUAUUACAUCGCCUGUUGGAAAUCAUCAUGCCUCACUUAUCACAUCCAUAUAAGGCAGUUCGUGACAGAUUAGGAAGUAUCUUGGCCAACAUAUUUUUGUAUGAUUACCAUAUCAAUGAGAAGUCACGGACAGAGUCACCACAAAGGGGAGAUUUCAUGGUUCAGAUACUGGAAAAACUUGAUCAGCUGAAAAUUGUUCAACUUGACAAGGGGGACUGCUUGCAGGUGCCAAAAGCAGUCAAGAGUGCUUUAGGAAAUCCUGUAGAGAACUCUUGUGAACAACCUAUAGAACAGGAAGAAAUCGACGGUGGAGAUGAAGCAAGUGAGGAGAAGAAAGAUCUGAUUCGUCUGUGCAAAACAGUCCUGAAGUGGCUAACUAAUUGCUGCGUGCGUGGUUUCAGUGUCCUCACAAAGGAUGUUUUCCCACUGUUGCCUGUGCUUUGUAACCUGCAGAGUGAGAUGAAUGAUGAAGAUUUGCGUAAUGACUGUCGAGAGACCCUGACUAUACUGUCCACAUCUCUGCUGACUACAGAUGUUCUCCCUGUGGCUUUGCACACUAUCAGAGAGGUUUCAGGUUUGUCAUCAUGGCGAGCACGUGUGGCCAUCCUGCAUUUUGUGCAAGUCAUGGUAUUUGGUAUUUUCCUGCUGCAGACGGAAGACAUUCAGACAGCCAUCCGGGAGCUGCUGGUGCACCUUUUAUGUGAUGAGCAGCUGGAGGUUCGUGAAGUGGCUGCUCAGACACUGAGUGGUAUGAUGCAUUGUGGCUUCCUGCAAAUGAAUUCUGAUAUGUUGGACCACUUUAAGCACUUGCGCUGUGUCAAGUUAAAGAAACGUAAUGCCAGCAUAGAGCCAGAGUUUUUAGAAAAGUUGAUCAAGCGUCAUGCUGGUGUUCUUGGGCUUAGCGCCUGUGUCCAGGCUUAUCCUUACGAUGUGCCAGACUUCAUUCCACAGGUGCUGAUGGAUCUUAGUGUCCAUGUUAAUGACCCUCAGCCCAUACAGAGAACAGUCAAGAAGACACUGUCGGAUUUCAGACGCACUCACCAUGACAACUGGCAUGACCAUAAACAAAUGUUCACUGAUGACCAGCUGGUGGUCCUAACUGAUCUGCUGAUCUCCCCUAAUUACUAUGCAUAAAAGCAGUGCCUGACAAGUUAAUGAGCUGGCUCCUGGGGGCUCUUGAGCUUGAAAUCUUGGUAGAUUUCUUGAAUGAAUAUUGAAGUCGAGUACGUGUGAGCAAGGCUAAGAUUGAGAGAAGCACUCAGGCAUUUUCCUUUGAAAUUGUUUUCUCUAUUGGUAUGUCAGUUUUAUGAGCAUCGCACAUUACAUUUAAAAGUGAGUGCAUUGUGUCCAGAACAGAUGAAAUAGAUUUCCAGAGAGGUUCACCUGUGGAUGAAUUCAGAACCAGGAGAAUGCCACCAUAAACUCAGAAGGAACUCCUACCCAACGAACAUUGGCUCCAAAGUUGUCAGACUGAUUUGUGACCAACCAUAUUGUCAAAAAUAGUGAAAAAUAAUUAUUUGUUACUAACCUCGAACUUAACGCUGACAUCAGUGAUAGUCAGUUUUGGAGGCACUGGGUUAGAAUAGGUAUAUGAUGUACAUAAAAGUAUGAAUUCAUGCUGUGCCUGUAGGGGUUGUUUGUGAUUGAAUAUCUCAUCACUGUUCUGAACAGCAUUGUUCUCCAGUCAAGAAAAAUUGCUCUUAAAAGGCCUUCAAUAUGAAAUAUGAUUGGUAUAUUAUGUAUAAUCUAAAACAGAUUAACUGCAUUGUUGCAUUGUAAAAUCUGAUCGUAAAAUGUGUAAAUACUGUGACUUAGAAAUGGUUAUGUAAUAUUAGCAUGCGAUUUAGUUUAUCACACCUGAGCUAAGCGUGUUUAGGUGGAUCAUGAUUGUAGACGGAAAGUUUCUGUGGUCAUGGCCUGAAACUACACACAAAUGGCAUUUCUUUUGAUAUGCACUUAUAUCUGUGAUCAGAUACUGAUUGUGUCAAGAUUUCAAAAAUUAACAGGCAAAAGGAAAUAUAUCACUGUAAAAUAUUCUUUACAGCAUGAGUACAAGUUCAGUAUAAAAAACGUUUUUAACAAAGGGGAAAAAAAAGAGUGAAAUGCUGAAAUGGUUAAGAUGUAAUAGCACUUUGGUUUUGGAUAAGAAAUCUGGUUUGCGGGGUACAAUACUACAAGGGGUAGUCUUUUACAGUUUUUGGUGAAUGAUUGUGUAGAAUUGUUUUCAGCAACCUUAUGAGUAUUUAAAGAGCAAGCAUUAUUAGAGUGAGAAUUUAUUGCAAGAAAAAAAUUACUUAACUACAUAUCCACCAAACCAUAAUCAAAGAAGGAAAAGGAAGAAUGAUUUUAUGUGCAUUGAAGAAGAGGCGACUCUUUUGGAAGAUAUUUGGCACAAGCUAAGAUAAUUACAGAAAUACACUUUUUUCUCUCUUUU